AUGGAUGUACUUGAGUCUAGCUUAAAGUUUGGGCUAAUGCUUGAAGCUUAUCUCAGAGGGAGCGUGAAUCACAUACCAGAACUGAGACAGCAGAUGGACGGGAUCGGGAAAAUGAGGAGCAUAUCAGAACUGCUUCACUCGAAAGGACUGAAAGACAGGGAUAAGAAGGAAAAGGCUCGGGAUACGAUGCAGCAAGUGUUGGCACAACAAAGCUACAAACAAGUUCUCAAUAACUGUGUAUCAACACUGGAUCCUAAACUCACCUUAGGAGGAUUAAAAGACCAGGAGUGUCGUUUCUAUGACUCCAAGAUGAGGCCACUACUCAUGGUCUAUGAGAAUCCUGACCCCUCUGCUUCCCCGAGUGACAUUAGAGUUAUCUUCAAAAAUGGAGAUGGUAAGGGAUUGUGUUUUUAUUUACAUGUACAUGUACGUAAUGUACAUUGUGCAUGUAUGGGUACUCCAUAGGAUUUUGGUAUAGUACUCAUGUGCUUAAUCUGCUUAUUAAUUCAUUAACUGUAGUCUGUACAUGUACAUAUACUGUAGUGUCACUAGUGUGUACCUCAUUGAUGGUAUUUUCCA